GGAUCCGAUAGCAUGCAGAGCACGACCGCCGGCGACAACGCCAUUUCACUGCUCACUUAUUACCUCAGUUGCCGUGGUUCACGAAAUCAAGACGUAUUUUUUAUUUUGACAUCAGCGACGAAACCGUCGACGACAUCCAAUUCUGAAUUCCCCUAUUCUUCCACCACCAUAUCAUCGCGCGGUGCUGAGCCGAUACAAAACGUACCGAACACAACGUGUAGAACGUCCUCGUUCUCAGCGUUACUCUUACCACCACCGGCCCCACAUUGUCUAUAUUCCAGUCCUCCACUUCACCUAACUUUUUGGUUCCAUCUUAUGGGGGAUUGUGUCGGGAGACUUACAAUGUGGGAUAAAGUGUCAACUACUAGUACUACAGCGACAGACAACCCUGGAUGUACCUCGGCAGGCGAAAUGCAAACCCCAUCCCCACCACCACCAGUGUCCACACAACCUCAACUGCCGAACGAGUUUGUCUCCAGGCUAACCAUACCUCAAGCGUCCCCCCAUGUACCUCCUCGUCCAGAGUUUAUUCCGUUCACAAUCCCGUACCUCUGUAUGUCGAAACCGUAUGAUGGCAAAGAUUUCUGGUCAUAUCCAGAGCGUUGUGGGUGGAUCGUUGAUGCGAAAGACACACAGUGUCAUGUCCUCUGUCCUCCUGGCGCUUGUAUUGAUGACAUGGACAUGGAGGAACUGCCGAAGGACACACAACUGCAAAUAUUCUCUCGUUCAGACGGCAGUGUCGUCGUUGCUUCAGACAAAAUUGCGUUCUUGCAAGCAUGGCUUUUCUUUGGCGUCCUUACAGAAGUGUCGGAUUUGUGCGGACUCGACAUUGAUUUGGCAACUGAAUUCUUUCUCGAAGACGGAUCGGUUUCGACGGCUAGGCUCAAUGGUCUGCCAGGACGAUGGUUCGAGGCUGCAGUCAUGUCUGGUCGUGCAGGGGACAAAGUGCUUAUGGAACGCAUUUUGACCAUUGCUCGUCAUUCUCAUUUGAUGCUGUCCGAAGAACGAAGCGAUGAUGAAUAUACAUUGACAUUCGAUUACUCGUAUGCCGAGUGCCGUGUCUUCCUUUCCUUGGAAAUUCUUGUUCGCACAGUCGGUCUUCACCUACUCCUACAUACCUACAUGCCAGGCUUUACCACAACAGAAGAGGAAGGAUGGGGUCGAAAUAGAAUCAAGCGGAGCCUCGACUGGCCGCCUUGGUAUAGGCGGCGCCCUAAUGAAGGACUCGCUCAGCUCGGUCUUCUAGCGCGAGACAAGCUUGAAGAGCAAGGUUGGUGCGCAAGUGAGCUCGACCUUUUAGCACAUGAUGAAAUGGCCUUUGCCUCCCUUCUCUCUCGUCCGAGGAUCAGAGAUCAUUCCAGUUGUGGUGAUUUUAUCUGCCAUGCGUAUCAAACGGAGGAGUCGACCUAUCGUACCAGACAUGUAGAUGAUGAAUGUAGCUGCGACUUCGUUGGCUUGGACACUGACAGUCUGAUUGCCGUUUUAUCCCAAAACAAGGUCCCGAAACUAGUCAUAACAGAUGAGCUGGAGUUGGAAGUGGUGUCGGAGAACGACUAUCCAUAUAUUGCGCUUUCACAUGGGCCGAUGGGCUUGGGAACCCGGAAACAAACACACUUCCACGAUGCCAACUUCGACGUUUACGGGAUUAUGCAAACCAACUUAGCCACGUACAUGAGCAUGCAUCUCAUUCAUCUUCUUUACCAAUCGCCUUCUGGAUGGAUACACUUUGUAUACCUGUUCAUCCAAGCGAGUUGGCAAAGAGUUACCGCAAGAAAGCCAUCCAGCUUCUCGGAAAGACGUUUCAUGAGGCAACUGCAGUGCUAGUUCUUGACAGGGAACUAGAAAUUGUAGAAUCUGCUACUGUGCCGUUUCUAGAGUUGGGCUUGCGUAUCCUCUGCAGUGGAUGGAUGAAGCGUUUAUGGACACUCCAGGAAGCCACACUUGCUAGUGAGGCUCAUGGCGUAGAUAAGCUUUACUUCCAGAUGCAGGAUGGUCCAUUCCUGUAUCAGAAGUACAAUCGAGAUAGGAAAGCCUUAAACAGCCUAGACAAACACACGACUGAGAUUCAGGCUGAGGAGCGAACCUUGCUCUAUG